AUGGACCGAGAACUGUUGAAGCAAUGUGUGAGUUUCCACGGGGCGUCACUGUUCCAGAAGCUCCAGUCUGAACAGAUCGAGAACCCAGACUUCCAGGCGGUGGCGGUGGACCUCAGCAAAGCCAUACAGGAAAGAAAGACUGACUGGAACAGCACCAGUGGCCUUGUGGAGCAAUUUAUCGCCCGCAAAGCUGACCUCCUCUUCAGUCGCUCUUGGAGAGUCCCAAACUCCCAGAGACCCGAGUAUGAGGAAGAGGAAACGACAGAGCCCUAUGGUCGGCUGCCUCCUCUGGAGCUCUUCAUGGAGGUGCCGUAUGAGGAGCGCAGGGCGAUGUUGUACAGAGACCUGGAGAAGGGCGACGUGGUGUUGGGAAGAAUCAACAAUGUGCGAGAGUACGGCUUCUUCCUCACUCUGCUCGGCACCGCGGCCGGCAUGAAGAGGGACAUCGAGGACCUGGACGUCUCUGCUCUUUGUCACAUCAGAGAGAUCCCCUCGUCCGGCAGCCAUGAUGACCCUCUGUCUUAUUACCAGAUCGGGGACUUCAUCAGAGCUGGAGUGAAGGACAUUGAUCGAUACCAGGAGAAGAUCACAGUGUCCCUCCACCAGGCGGUGCUGUGUCCAGGUCUGGAGCAUGUCAAACUGGGGGUGAUCGCCAAAGAGGACCUGCCCACGCACUACAGCCAAAGUUCCCUCGUAGCCAACGACUCGACCUUGACUUACGAGCGGCUGCUGGGGGGCAGCCACGGCUCCCAGAACCCGUGUGUGGUGGACUAUCUGCUUCAGAAAGUGGGGAUCAGCGACACGCAGCCGCCUUCGCUCAUGAGGGGACUGCAGAGUAAGCUCUUUGAUGAGGAUGACUUUGCUACUUCAAUUCGUAAAAAGCAGUCUGCGAUGUGGGCUUUGAAGAGCGUUCGCUUGGGCGUUGAUCACUUCAAAAACGAACGUCACGUUGAAGCUAUGAAUGAGUUCAACAAAGCUCUGGACAUCGACAACAACAACGUGGAGGCUCUGGUGGCACGAGGGGCGCUUUACGCCAACAAAGGCAGUUUGGUGAAGGCCAUCAGUGACUUUGAGCUGGCCCUGGAGACCUGCCCUGACCACAGGAACGCCAGGAAGUACCUGAGUCAGACCUUGGUGGAGCGAGGCCGACAGCUGGAGGAGCAGGAGAAGCUGGUUACCGCAGAGGGACUGUACAGAAAAUCUCUGUCGUUAGAUGAAACCAACUCUGAGGCACAGGACGCUCUCAACAGAAUCACCCUGAUGAUACAGAAAUCCAUCCGCUUGAGGGAAGAAGCCAUGGCAAAGGAGAAGGAGCAGGAAGAAGCCAAGAACAGUCAGACCACAAGCGCUGACAAGUUGCGUAAGAUCUUAAAAGACGAAAAGAGGCUGAAGAAAAAACGCAAACGCUCUACAUCCUCGUCUUCCUCCUCAUCAUCCAGCAAAUCCUCCUCCUCGUCUUCCAGCUCCGGCUCCCAUCGCAGAUCGAGGAAAAAGAAAAAGAAGAAAAAACACAGGGCUAGCAAGCGCCAACGCCGAAUCUCCUCCAAAGAGAGCUGUAGAAGCGACAAACACGGCGAGCAAGAAGAUGGCAAGGAGGUGGAGUGGGACGCACCUCCCAUAAUAUCCGGAACCUUCCUGAACCAAAGAGAAGGGCCUGGGUUUGCAGCCAGAGACGUGUUUGCGAAGGAUAGAACUAGGUCUUUAUCGAGGGAGGUGGAAGCAAAGCAAAAACUGGGGAAUAGUUGGAAAGACAAUAAUGGAAAUGGCAGAAAGAGCGAUUUCAGUAGGAAGGACUUUGAAACAGAUGCAUCACACAUCUCAACUUCCUCAGCGGACUCGCACUCGCGCCGGUCCAGUUUUCCAAACGACAGCCGGAAACUUGCCAAUCGUGACACGUCGAGAAGGAGCUCGAUGGAAAGUGGUAAGUAUGAAAGAAGGAACACAGAAGAGGCAAGCAGCAGCAACGCCAAAGGGGAUGAUGACACGAGGAGUGAGGGGCCCAAGAAGGAGCUCCCCACAAACCUGCUGGACAUAUUCAGUCAGAUCGAGCAGUUCAAGAAGGAGAAGGGGGUGAGGCCCAGUAAGUGA